UGUUCGAAGCUAGCCAAAGUGCGGAGCUCACAUGUACGUACGUGGCUUGCGCAUAUAUGCGGUAUUUCCUCUUUCACACUGCUUGCUGCUGCGUUUCAAAUCUGGCGUCACUGCCGCGACGAACCAGCUGACGCAAUCUGAUGCAUCAUGAAACCAAGCUUUACAUCCAACGAAUACAUCGUAUGCUUCCUGUCGCUCACAUGUCUUGCGGUUGUGUGCUAACAUAUUUUCUUAUUUAUUGAUAUAUUUAUUAAUUUAUUGGUAACAAUGCUCAUUUCAACGAACGAGGGCAACCCGAACACGUUAAAGCUGAUUAUUGCGGCUAAAUUAGCUCAGGAAUCUGUGGACGUUAAAAUCGUAAAGCCUGGUGAUGCUGCGCUGAGCCGUUUACCAACAUUAAUUACAUCCUCAGGGUUAUCAUUAUUCAGUAUCUCUUCAGCACUGCGUUUUCUAUUGCCUGUACCUAAACAAUUAGAGGUUCUUAAUGAUAGAUGGUUGGAAUGGGAAAUUUCUCAAUUACAGCCAGCUAUAUUGAGUAAUGCUAGUGAAAGGACUUCUAAAAUUUCACACAAAUCUGACUUAUGGUCUUUAUUGAAAGAUCUCAAUAGGGAAUUAAAGGACAAACAGUACUUAAUUGGGGAAUAUAGUAAUUUAUCACCAGCAGAUAUUUCUAUUUGGGUAAGCCUUUGGAGUACCAUAUUACUUGCGGACGUCAAAGAUGAUACAAAGGAUUUGCCAAAUGUAUAUAGCUGGCUAGUUAAUAUGGAGAAGCAAACACUUAUUCAGGAAUCUAUUAAAGAGUUUAAUUUUGAAAGAGGCGUAAAAGCUAUCGCAAACUCGGUACAGUUCUUCCUGGAUUUACCUAAGAUAGAGGAGAAAUUGAAAGAAUAUAACGUAACCGUGGAGAAAGAAUGGUCCAACGUUGCGAGAGUGGUUUCGAAAGCAUGGUUACGCGACGGUCUUAAGCCGCGUUGCAUUACUAGAGAUCUGAAGUGGGGCAUACCGGUCCCAGUAAAGGGUUUCGAUAAAGUGUUUUACGUCUGGUUUGACGCCCCUUUCGGAUAUAUCAGUAUUACAAAGAAGUAUACCAAAGAAUAUGAGAAAUGGUGGCAACCUCUUCAGGAUACAAAAGUCGAUUUGUUCCAGUUUAUGGCAAAGGAUAACGUUCCGUUUCACGCGAUAAUGUUUCCCGCUUGUUUGCUAGCGGCUAAUCAAAAUUACACGUUGAUCAAGUAUUUAAUGGCAACUGAAUAUUUGAAUUAUGAAGAUAAGAAAUUCUCCAAGUCAAGAGGAAUUGGAGUGUUUGGCACCGAUGCCAGAGAAACCGGCAUUCCCGCGGACGUGUGGAGAUUUUAUUUAGCCUAUAUUAGGCCCGAAACUCAAGAUUCCAACUUUAAUUGGGUGGAUUUAGCCACGAAAAACAACAGCGAGUUAUUGAAUAAUCUUGGCAAUUUUGUUAACAGAGCUCUAGUAUUCUGCGAGAAGUUUUUCGACUCUAAUAUACCAUCGAUCGAACCGGAGGAGGCCGAUUGGACCGUACUGGCGUUAGCGCAACGCGAACUGUCGUCUUACAUUAACGCCAUGGAACAAGCCAAGUUGAGAGAUGGCCUGAAACACAUAUUGGCGAUUUCCAAGCAUGGCAAUCAGUACAUGCAAUUCCAGCAGCCGUGGGUGAAAAUCAAGGGAACCGACGACGACAAGAAGAGAGCUGGGACUGUUGUUGCAAUUUGCUGCAAUUUAGCUUGCUUUUUGUCCGCCCUUUUAACUCUCUUCAUGCCGACGACAACUAAACAACUGAGAUCUCAACUAGGUUUGAGUAACAAAAGUUAUGGCUACAUUCCUAAGACAAUAACGAAUAUGUUGCCGACGUGGCACAAAAUCGGCAAGUCCAGUCCAUUGUUCACCAAGAUUGAAGAUCAAAAGGUAGAAAUGUUACGGAUUAAAUACGCUGGACAACAAGAGACUAAUGGCAAAGAACCGGCGGCGAGCAAAACUUCUGAUGAUAGCAUUGCGGCAUUAGAAGCCGCCAUCACAAAACAGGACAACGUAGUAAGACAACUGAAAGCUAAACACGAUAAAAGCGUCUGGCAGCCUCAAGUAGACAUUCUGGUAGACUUAAAAAAGCUUUCUAAUCUUAAAGUCGAUUCCAAUGAGCCACAGAAAAAAUCACCCACUAAAAUUAAGAAGGCCGAACCGACGCAUGUGCCGGAACAAAACGGGGAUGCUCUGAUGGACGUAGGUGUAGAGUCGGCAAUCGCGAAACAGGUUAAUCUUGUGCGAGAAUUAAAGACCAAGGAAGAUGGAAGCGUGUGGAAACCACAAGUGGAAAUAUUAUUGGAACUUAAGCAGCGUUUGGCGAAUCUCACGGGAACAGUACCAGUCGCUGAUAAGAAAUCUAAGAAGAAAAAAUAAUUUACAUUUCCAUCAUCGUAAAGUGAUAAGAUAAUUGUAUUUACACACUUUUUCCAAAUGAUAACGUGUUAUUUACACAGUUAUUUCCCGAAUGCGUGUAAAGUACGGCAUAAUAAUAUGUAACGAAAUAUAAAAAAUAUAUACAUGCGUGAUUUAUACAAUGCGAUUGUUGUAUUCUAAUAAUCGCGUCGUGUCAAGAUGUAGAAACAAUCUUAAAAAGAUAUUUGUACUUUAUUUAAGCACGUUUAUUCGCGCACUACGUAUACUUGUAAUGAUGAUCGGGUAAAUAAUUUACAUGAAAAUUGAAAAUCCA